AUGCUGGCAGCAGCUGGGUGGUAUAGUGACUGGAUCUUCGGCACGUCUUGCUCGUCUUCGCAAAUCAGGGCUCGUGUACACUUCAAACCUCACAGGAGGCACCAAAUGUUUUGUCGAAAACUAUCCAAUGCGGAUAAUUCCCAUCCCAAGCUCCCACCUGUGGCUCCUAGUGAUAGCGCCAUUGGUCACAUCAGCGACUCCGACGCCACUGAUGCCGAGAAUCCCAAGGACUCACUGCUCAACCCGCAAGAUCCAAAGAAACGUGGACGCAAGCGCUUAACCAAGGCGUGUGAACUCGAUCUCAAGGUCAGCGGACAAUUGUCGAGAUUGAAGCUCAUCUCUGACAUUGAGGCGACUGCUUCAUUACUCACAGCUGCUGAAGGCCUGUCGUCACUCAAGGCUCGCAUGGAAAUUCUCGUCCAAGAAUGGCAACAAUUUUCAUUGAUCCAUGAUCAUCUAGCUUCCAAUGCCACUGAAGAGUUCAUCCAGCAUCCAUACAUCAAGGACCGCACCUUUGAUGUAACAUACAGAUCGUACAUUGGGGCUCGCACAGUCUUAAGCACUCUUAUUCAUCAACUAGAUGUUCCAGCUCAACCCGCUCCAGUUCAACAAGUUGUACCACGCGUUCCUCAUCGUGUGGCCUUGUCUCCACUGAACAUCAAUCACUUCUCUGGUGAUUACGCCAAGUGGCCAGAAUUCAGGGACAUGUUCACCUCAAUUGUCAUCAAUUGCGAAGGUCUCCAGGAUGUCGAGCGUCUCCACUACCUGAAGACCCAUCUGACAGGACAAGCGGCUCAACUAAUCGCCAGCACCCCAAUGUGCACUGAAAACUUUGCAAGCGCAUGGAGUGCAAUUCAGAAGAGGUACGAUGUUCCUCGUCUACUCGUCUCAGCACAAUUGGACAAAUUAUUAAAUUUACCAACUUUGACCUCGAAGUCUGCCAAGCAGCUCUACUCAAUCAUCGACCAGACCCAUGAAGCGAUCAGUGCACUCGUCGCUCAACAAGUCAAUCUCUGUGUUGGAGAUUGCUAUCUGCUAACUCGACUUAUCAUCUCGAAAUUGGAUCGGUCAACCCGAGAAGCAUGGGAAUUGUCACUGGGAUCAUCAGUGGAGUUCCCAUCUCUCUCACAGCUUCGUCAAUUCUUGACUGAACGCGCUCGAGCUCAAGAACGGUACGAGGAGAGUACCAACAAGCCUGGCGAUCAACAGAGGUCAAGUCACUCCAGCUCAAGAUCCACCGCCAAGGCCAUCAAGGGCACAGCACACGCCCACAUGGCUACUUCAAGCACUCAAGGCUCAACGGUGAGUCCAGCGCCUCAGGCAGAAGGGAAAAGGACUCCAGUGGCUCAAUACCCAUGUGACCUGUGCAAGGGAGACCAUUACGUGGUCAGGUGUGAUCAAUUCGGCAGGAUGACACCACAAGAGCGGAUCAAAGUGGUGGAUCAAUUCAGACUGUGUCCGAACUGCCUUGGACACCACCGAGUCGAAACAUGCAAGUCUCGAUGGAUCAAUCACAUCAACUUUAACCACUUCGGCUCAACAACAAUAAAAUACUGUGCUUCUGCACAACAAUCAUCAAGCUCCAGGAUCAUCAUACUCGUUCAACACCGUUGCCCAAGUUCAAGAUCACCGUACUCAAGAUUCAACAGAUCCAGAUCAUCAUUCAUCAGUUCCAGACUCCUCAACUGGUUGUGCUCCAGCUCAACAUGCUGCAACGUUACUUGCAACGUGCCAAGUCAAUGUCGUGACCAAGCUAAAUACUCAUCGAUUCGCGAUUUACUAGAUUCCGGUUCUGAAAUCUCCUUUAUUUCAGAUACAUUGGCAAAAGUAUUACACUUACGCCACACACGGUCCAAUAUAACCAUUUUAGGGAUCGGAUCAUCAAAGGCUGGCCAUACUAAGGGAUGUGUGACCAUUACUCUAGCUUCACAACAUUCAGACCAGUCGCUCACGUUGCAGGUUCACAUCCUAGGUGGAUUAACGGCUCAAUUACCAGCCACUUCCGUAAUAGGUGCCGAUGUGGCUCACUUCUCGGAUCUUACACUCGCCGAUCCAGACUUUGCAUCUCCAGGCCCAAUUGAUGUCAUCGUUGGAGCCAACUAUUAUGGUCAAGUCAUCACUGGAGAAAUCAUCAGAUGCGAGGCACCUGGACUGCUCGCAAAAAAUACAAUUUUUGGAUGGAUCAUCCUUGGUCCAGUCCAAGCUAACUCACCACCACCACCUAGGGCUCAUUACGCUGUCUCCAAUCAAUGUGACCAGGGUCUCCAGGAUUUAUUAUCCAGAUUCUGGCUUCAAGAGGAGGUCAUGUUGGAUCAUUCGCGCUCGUUAUCACCCGAUGAAGAAGCCUGUGAGGCCCACUUCAAGGAUACUCAUUCACGAGACAGCUCUGGCAGAUACAUCGUCAGAUUGCCACUGAGAUCAUCUCCAAAUCAACUAGGAGACUCAUGUACAGCAGCACGCCGCUGCUUACAGCAUCUCAUGCAUCGUCUCAAGCAUGAUACAAGACUCAAGACACUCUACAUGCAAUUUAUGAAGGAGUAUCAAGAUCUCAAUCACAUGCAACCUGCAGCUUUACAAUCAUCAGCAGCUCAGUACUUCCUACCUCAUCAUGGGGUACUGAAGGAAGACACCAAUACAAGCAAGAUCCGUGUGGUUUUCAAUGGCUCAAAACCAACCAGUUCAGGACUCUCACUCAAUGAUAUCAUGCAUACUGGGCCGAAGUUACAAGUCAACAUCUUCGAUGUACUUAUCACAUCAAGAAAACAUCGAUUCAUCUUCAUCACCGACGUCACCAAGAUGUAUCGACAGAUACAAGUCCAUGAAGAUGAUCAAGAUCUUCAACAAAUUCUCUGGUUCGACGAGCAAGGAAACAUCAUCCCAUUUAGGCUCACCACCGUCACAUACGGCACGAAAUCAGCUCCAUACCUUGCCGUUCGAGCGUUACUCCAGCUCGUAGAAGAUGAAGGACAUCGGUUCCCACUAGCAAUCACACCACUCACGAAAGGUCGCUAUGUUGAUGACAUCUCCGGCGGCGCAGACGACUUCGCAUCACUUCAAGCAGUUGCUGAUGACACUGAAAGUCUCUGCACGGCGGGCGGCUUUCCACUCGCAAAAUGGGCAAGCAAUCAUCGCAGACUACGUCAACUCGAUCGUGCGGAAGCGAUUACACAAUACAAAAUCGAGGAUCCAGAAGUCAGCACCAAGAUUUUGGGGAUGUACUGGUCUUCACACAGAGAUCAAUUUUCAUUCAAGCAUUUACCAUCGUGCACCACUCAACCAUGCACGAAGCGCGCAAUAUUAUCAGAGAUUGCUCAAAUCUUUGAUCCACUGGGAUUCCUAUCACCAAUCAUUAUUCAAGCUAAGAUGUUCAUGCAGGAACUCUGGCUUGUGAAACUCGGCUGGGACACUCCACUGUCAGCUGAUCUUCGGCAUAAGUGGAUAUCAUUCAAAAAGGAACUCAACAUGAUCAACGUCAUCAAGAUUCCCAGAUGGAUCCACUCAUCCACGACUUCCACUCUAGAAAUCCAUGGAUUCUCCGACGCAUCGCAAUUGGCGAUGGCGGCAGUAGUAUUCAUCAAGGUCCUACCAGCAGAUCAUUCUCAAGAAGCAAAGGUUACGCUGCUUUGCUCCAAGACCAAGGUGGCACCGUUGAAACAAUUAACUAUUCCACGCUUGGAACUCACAGCUGCUCACAUGUUGGCAAAACUCGUCAAGCAUUGCCAGACAACUCUUGAAUAUUCUCAAGUGCCAACAUACCUAUGGACCGACUCGUCAAUCACGCUCACGUGGAUAUACUCGCAUCCGUCUCGCUGGAAAGACUUUGUUAGGAAUCGGGUGUCAUUUAUUCAAGAUCUAGUUCCAGAUGGCCACUGGAAGUUUGUUCCUGGCACAGACAAUCCAGCAGACUGCGCAACUCGAGGCUUGACAACAGUUCAACUCAAGGAUCAUCGAUUAUGGUGGUCUGGCCCACCAUGGUUACUCAGAGACUCAUCGUCCUGGCCAACCAGCCCAAUUCACCUCGAUGCAGAUGAUCAACUAGAAGAACGCCCAAUCAAGGCAUUCUACGUUACAGCUCAGCCCUUAGAAUCAACUUGGAAGAUCAUGGAACGCCCAAUUCCGUUGCUGCGCAUGCUCAGAGUCACAGCAAUCUGUUGGAGAGUGCGCGACAUGGUCCAGCACAAGCCAAAUUCAACAUUGGUCCGUCCAAUCUCAUCCCAAGAAAUCAACCUCGCACUUCAAUUCUGCAUCAAGGAGACUCAGCGAGUUCACUUUCAUUCUGAGCUCCAACUACUCGGAAAACAAGCAUCAUGGCCCAAGGAUCACUCGUUUGCACGAUUGGUUGCCUUUCAAGACACCGAUGGCAUCAUUCGUGUAGGAGGGAGACUGGAGAAUGCUCCAGAUUCUAAUCAGCAAAAGCACCCUGCAAUUUUACCUCGUGAUGCUGCUCUUACUCGGCUCAUCAUCUCUGACGCUCAUCAGCGUACCAUGCACGGUGGAACUCAAAUUACGCUAGCAUAUAUUCGACAACGAUACUGGAUCAUCGGUGGACGUCAACCUGUACGCUCAUACAUUCUCAAGUGUCUCGUCUGUGCUAGACAUCGAGGUAUUCGAGCUCAACAAUUAAUGGGACAGUUACCAGCCCAACGUGUCACUCCAUCUCCACCUUUCUCACAUACAGGAGUUGAUUACGCUGGUCCAGUAUGA